AAGUUCUUACGGGUAUUCGCGCGGGAAUCUUUAGGUGGAAGUUAUAACCUGUCCCACACGCCACGCGUCAUUUCUUGAUUUGUCCAGUUCUUCCCUCUCGCGCCCUCAAAAAUUCCACACUCCAAUUACAGUAACAGACCCAAACUCUUUCUUCAUCAAUGGCUUCCCAAAACCCUAAUCCAAGAAAUUCCCUAUACCCUGAAGUAAUCGAAUCGAACCCCGAUGCUCCCUCAUCCAUCCUUCACCCUGAUCGUUCAUCUUCUUCGCAAUCCAAUCUCUACCCUUCCAUUGACUUCAACGACCUCGUUCAAAACCUCUUCCCCGAGAACACCAACACCACCGACACUCCCGGUUCCCCCUCUGCCCCGCCGGAAGUCACCGAAGAGGUUAUCCUGAAGAUCCCCGGCGCUAUUCUCAACCUCGUCGACAAGGAAUACAGUGUCGAACUCGCGUGCGGCGAUUUCACCGUGAUCAGUCUCCAGCAAGGCGACAACGCCGUCGCCGUCUACGCUCGCGUCGCCGACGAGAUCCAAUGGCCGCUGGCGAAGGACGAGACCGCCGUCAAAGUCGACGACUCGCACUACUUCUUCUCCUUCCGCGUCCCCAAGGGUUCGGAUCCCGACGAUGAAGAGGAUUUGUUGAGCUACGGGUUGACGAUCGCAUCGAAGGGGCAAGAGGCUUUGCUGAAGGAGUUGGAUGCGGUUUUGCAGAACUGCAGCAGCUUCUCUGUGCAGAAGGUUUCAGAGAAGGCGAAGAAGAAGGGGGAAGCUCUGGAUGGAUCGGUGGCGAAGGAGGUUUCGCCGAAGGAUUUGAAGUCGGCGAAGAAGAAGGAGAUGAUGGAGGAGCGAUGCGCUGCGUAUUGGACAACAUUGGCUCCGAAUGUGGAAGAUUACAGUGGAAGUGCUGCGAGGAUGAUUGCUGCAGGGUCUGGUCAUGUGGUUAAGGGGAUUUUGUGGUGUGGAGAUGUGACAGUGGAUAGGUUGAAAUGGGGAAAUCAGGUUAUGAAGAAGAAGAUCACUCCUGGUUCACAGUCUGAGAUUAGUCCUCAGACCUUGAAGCGGAUUAGAAGGGUUAAGAGAGUGACUAAAAUGACACAGAAAGUAGCAAACGGGUUCCUCUCUGGGGUCGUGAAAGUGUCUGGAUUUUUCACCGGUUCAUUGGUAAAUUCAAAAGUCGGAAAGAAAUUUUUCAGCCUUCUACCAGGGGAAGUUGUGCUCGCAUCGUUGGAUGGAUUCAGUAGAGUGUGCGAUGCUGUUGAAGUAGCUGGAAAAAAUGUCAUGUCAACGUCGUCCACCGUGACAACCGAGCUUGUUGAUCACAGAUAUGGAGAACAAGCUGCUGAAGCAACAAGUGAAGGGCUUGGUGCUGCUGGUCAUGCUUUGGGUACUGCAUGGGCUGCUUUUAAGAUUAGGAAGGCUGUCAACCCUAAGAGUGUUCUUAAACCUACCGCCCUGGCCAAAUCUGGUGUCAAAGCUGCAGCUUCUGAAUUUAAGGCUAAAAAGUCCAAAUAAUUUAAGCUAGGAGUUCUUCAAUUUCGGUUUUGUCCAUCCUCCAAUCGAAAGUUUCUGCUUAUGGCUUUACAUUACCCAAUUUCCUCUUAGAAAAGGUGGGGAACAUCGCAUGAUUUGUCGUUAUUAUUAUCCCUUUUGUUUUCAGUGAGUAUUAGAUUGGGAUGCUUUCAUGUUUUUUAUAACAGGUCAGAGAAAGGCACUUCUCAUGUGAGAAACCCUGAUUGGCCAAUGGCCAUGAGAUCCACUGGUUAUAUAGGAAA